AUGCAAGAUUUUUACUUUGGCUCUGGCUCUCGCUACAGAUGCAUCAGGGAGUUUAGAAAGACGAGCGAUCCAACUCUUUACUGGAUCGUCGAGGAUGAUCAAUUCGCUUAUGAGCAAAAAAUCCUGAAAGCAAUCCCUCUUUUGAGCGAUGAAGCUCAUGAGGAGGCUGAGGAGGAAAUUAAGCGCCUGAGCAACAUGAAGAACGAUUUCUUCGCCAAGCUCCUCGAUGAUGUCAGGUUCACUGGUCCCAAUAACGUCGAAUACAGAGGACUCAUUCUCGAGUAUCUUACGGGAGGAGAUCUCGGUGAAUUCUUGGCGAAUCUGCAGAAAAAUGCUGUUGCUCCAGCAAUAAUUCCAGUGAAGGAAGAUGAUGCUGAGGAAAAGAAGGAAGACGAGAAAGAAGAUAAAGAAGAGAAAGAUGAAAAAGAGGAAGAAGACGAUGGGGGAAAAGAAGGAGAGGACGACGGAGAAAAAGAUGAUGAAGGGAAAGAUGACGAUGCUCAAGAAGAUGCUGCAGAAGAAGGUGAAGAAGCGGCUGCUGAGGAAGGAGAAGAGCCCGGCGAGGAGGAGGAGGAGGAUGAAGAACCAACUGGUCUAAAACUCAUAGCAAAUUGGUCGGAAGAUGACGCGUUAAGACUUGCUAGUCAGAUUGUCUUUGCAAUGGAUUAUUUGCAUGGCAAGAAAGAAAAAGUUCACAAAGAGCUCAACCCUGAAAACAUCUUGAUCUCCGCUGAUGGAAAGAAGAUCAAAAUUCUUGACCUUCAAAUUGCUGGCGGAAAUGGUGGAACUACCGACUAUUUUUACCCACCCGAGACGUUGAAAUCUCUUGAUACCGAUGAUGUGACCUUCAAGCGAGAUACUUGGUCUAUGGGCGUGAUUUUCCAUAUGCUCUGUACUUUCGUCAACCCCUUUGUCGGCGCUCAUAAAAUGGAGACUUUCAACAACAUCAUGCAAGUCGAGAGAGAAGAGGUUCCAGAAGAAGCGAUGGAGGAGCUCAUCAAAUGCUGUUUGGUCGACGAGCUCGAUGAUCGGGUUGAUAGCGCUUCUGCUUUGAUCGACCACGAGUCGAUUAAGAGUCUUGUUAGCCAGCUGAAGAGCGGAGUUGAACCGGCCGAAUUGCAGUUUUCUCUUGAUGAGAUGGAAACCCUUGAAGUUGUUAACAACACUCUUGCAGAACAAAACGCGGAUUUGAAACGACAACUCAAAGCUCGCGAUCAUGGGACUCCCACUUAUGGAUAUGGCAGCUUCUAUGACUUUGAUGGCGAAAGAGUCAGAUGGGACGAUGGCUUUUCUUCAGGAUACGUGUCGAAUGUUCUGAGCGCGAUUAACAGUGGCAUGGAAAGUGCCAAUUUCAAAUUUACGAGGCAUCAAGAAUAUGGAGAAAGCUACGGCGACUACUAUCUGAAUAUGAACUGCUUUGACAGCGAGAAAAAAGAAGAGUGGAAGCUCUGGCUAACCAAAAACGGUAAUCCAGUACCUUGCCGAGCGAACGCUGACUGCAUGAGACGAGAUGGCAAGAUUCUCUACUCCUUCAAAAACAUUGAGCCCGACGAAGACGGCAUGCUGAAAUGCGCCGAAGACGAGAAGGACCAAAAACGACGCAUGAAAGAAAACCCUGGCGAUACAAAUGCUGAAUUUUUCAUCAGAUGGAAUAUCACCAUUCUUCCUCAAGAAUAA